UCGGGAGGUCCGAAUUUCUCAUCACUCCCAAAUUCCCAAAAUCGCUGGCAAAGAAUUUUCGAUAAAACCGGCGGACAUUUCCAGACCACCGUUUCUCAGAUUUGCUAGACACGCAGGAGAAGCGAGAGAGAAUGGCGGACGCCGCGAACCUGGAGGAUGUUCCAUCUGUGGAUCUCAUGACGGAGCUCCUCCGCCGCAUGAAGUGCGCCAGCAAACCCGACAAACGCCUUAUCCUCGUCGGUCCACCAGGGUCUGGGAAAGGGACUCAGUCGCCAAUCAUUAAGGAUGAAUUUUGCCUGUGCCAUCUGGCCACUGGUGAUAUGCUCAGGGCUGCUGUUGCUGCGAAAACUCCCCUUGGGAUUAAGGCCAAAGAGGCUAUGGAGAAGGGUGAGCUUGUUUCCGAUGAUUUGGUUGUUGGAAUAAUUGAUGAUGCGUUGAAGAAGCCCUCUUGUCAGAAAGGUUUUAUUCUCGAUGGAUUUCCAAGGACAGUUGUCCAAGCACAAAAGCUCGAUAGUAUGCUUGAACAACGUGGAGUUAAGGUUGACAAAGUUCUAAACUUUGCCAUUGACGAUGCCAUUUUGGAAGAGAGAAUCACUGGUCGUUGGAUCCAUCCUUCAAGUGGCCGUACCUACCAUACAAAGUUUGCACCGCCUAAAGCUCCUGGUGUCGAUGACGUCACUGGGGAGCCUUUGAUUCAACGUAAGGAUGACACAGCUGCUGUUCUCAAGUCAAGGCUUGAAGCUUUUCAUAGGCAGACUGAACCGGUUAUCGACUACUAUAAAAAGAAGGGCAUUGUGGCAAACCUUCCGGCUGAGAAACCUCCUCCAGAGGUCACAACUGAAGUUAAGAAGGCCCUCUCUUGAUUGUAGGUCUCCAAGAUUUCAUUUUUGCGGGCAAAUAAUAAAAAUAUGAACUUAAACUUGUUUUAUUGCCAUUUACUGAUGAGAUGAUACUGAGAGGCUCCAACAUUGUCUGUUUUGGUUGAGAUGAAACACCAAUUAAUUAUGCUUUUGUUUUUUAUUUAUUUAAAUGACUUUUUAGAACAAUUGUGCUUCUGUCAGCAGCUUAUGAAAUGGCUAAUGAAUUGAUUUUUGAGGA